AUGUAAAGCAUUAAAAGUCAAACACGAAAAUAACGACGAGGAUAUGCUGUUGAGCGGUAUCAUAAGGUUCGCGAGAGGAUUCAUGAGACGGAGGGUAUCAUGGGCACUUUCUCCGAUGAAGAUAUCAGCGGAUGUGAACAGCUGCCAUGCCAAAACGGUGGUCUAUGUGAGAGCCACAAUGGAGCUUUCAGGUGCCUUUGCUCCAAACAAAGCCAAAACGGGCGCCUAUAUGGUGGAGAGAACUGCACAACUGCACUUUUAGGCUGUGAUGACAACCAAUGUGAGAACAGAGGAAUAUGCUCCCCCUCACAUGUCAAUGAUCAGCACACUUACACAUGCAUCUGCCUUGCUGGCUUCACAGGCCCGAAAUGCAAGACCCCCAGCGUCUUCUCAUUUGAGUCCCGAGGCUACAUGUACAUAGAGACUCAGCUUCUUGACACAGAGGCUCCUCUUAAUGUGACUUUCAGCUUCAGGACGGCAAGACCGCUUGGCACCCUCUUGCAGCGCAGAGUGGAAGACCUGCUCCUCAGCAUAGAGCUGACGGAGGGGCAUCUCUGCCUCCGCAGCCUGAGGGGUCAAGGCUCCAGCACGCUGGUUCAGGAGCUGCCGGAGUACUUGUCGAACAACAAGUGGCACACGGUGGAAGCAUCCCUGGGCGGCGUGGUCAGCCUCAUCAGGCUGGUCUGCACCGAAGGAAGCUGCACCGGAGACUCCAGCGCUGAAGUCCAGCUGCUGGAGCAAGCCUCUGCUCUCCCCGAGCCAGGAACAGUUCGUCAAAGUCUCUUUAUAGGAGCAGUCGGGGGGAACUGGGGUGCAGGCAGAGCAGCGGAUGAAGCAGACUACCCGCCUGCUUUUCUGGGCUGCUUCAGAGAUGUGCUAGUGGACUCACAUCUGGUGUUGCCUGCUAUAGUGCCAGAAGAUUCCGAUGCCCAGGAAAACAUCACUGAGGGAUGCAGCGACAAAGACAAGUGCGAUGACAGUCCGUGUCAGAACCGAGGGCGCUGCGUGAGCCAGGGCUGGAGGAACUACAUGUGUGAGUGCCACAGGCCUUAUGAGGGAAACAACUGUGCAGAGGAGUAUAUCACGGCAAGGUUUGGGAACAAGGACCUGGAGAGUUAUGCUUUCUUCUCAUUGGACGACGAACCAGGUGAUACUGUGGUUAUAUCCUUGUUUAUUCGCACCAGACAGUCCAGCAGCCUGCUCCUCAUCCUGGCUAACAGCACCAGCCAGUACCUCCGCCUGUGGCUGGAAGAGGGCAAGGUCAAAGUUCAGGUCAACAACUUUGAGACCCUCGUUGGACAGGGUGCGGUCAGUGAUGGACAUUUCCAUUUGGUGACUGUGAAGCUGGAAGGAAAAGCAGCCAUGUUGUUCCAGUCGGCCCAGAGCCAGGGCUCUAUGCCCAUCAGGCCCAUCCAGGCCCAUCCUGGGGAUCGGGUUUUUGUUGGGGGGCUACCAGACUCGAGGGCCUCUGCCUCGUUUGGGGGCUACUUUAAGGGCUGUGUCCAGGAUCUGAGGAUUAACAGCCAGCGACUGCAGUUCUAUCCCGUUGCAACUCCAGUGGAAUCUUACAGCCUGGAGCAACUCAUCAACGUUGCACAAGGAUGCAGCAGUGACAAUACCUGUGCUGUCAAGCCCUGUCUCAACGGGGGAGUGUGUUACUCCAUGUGGGACGACUUCAUCUGUAACUGCCCCCCCAACACUGCAGGGCAGCGCUGUGAGGAGGUGAAAUGGUGUGAGCUGUCUCCCUGCCCCACCACUGCUGUUUGUCAACAACGCUCUCAGGGCUUUGAGUGUUUCUCUAACGUGACAUUUCGGGUUGGAAGCAACAUUUUGCACUACCGGAGCAAUGGGAAGAUUAAGCGCAGCCUCGGCAGUGUCUCCCUCAGCUUCCGCACAAGACAGUCCACUGCCAUCUUACUGCAUGCACAAAGGGACUCAGACUACCUCAUCGUCUCCCUCCUGGACUCCCAUGUGGUCAUGGAGCUCCAGGCUGGGGCAGACACAGAUUCCCUCAAGGUGACAGUUCAAAGCGAGGGUCCGAUCCGUGAUGGAGAGUGGCACACUGUGGAGCUCAGCAUGGAGAACCUGAACCUCCCGACCUCCAGGUGGAUCAUGGUUGUGGAUGGAGGCAAGAAGGAGCUAAGCAUGUCCAAAACAGCUGCGGUCGACCUGGAUUUUCUUAAAGAGGGAGCAGACAUCUUCCUAGGGGGGUUGAGCUAUGACGCCGGGGUGAAGCUGUCUGGCUGUCUGGGCCUGGUGGAGAUCGGAGGCCUUUCUCUCCCUUUCCAGCUGGAAACAGAGUUGAACCUCCCCAGACCUCAGGAGGAGCAGUUUGUGAGGAUAAACAGCAACGCUGCCCCGCAAUACGGCUGCUGGGGAGCUGCCGUGUGUGCACCCAACCCUUGUAAUAACGAGGGUGUGUGUGAGGACCUGUUUGACCGGCACCGCUGCACAUGUCCUUCCGAGUGGACAGGACGACUGUGUCAAGUCCCAACAAACACCUGCAUCUCCAGCCCCUGCAUCUAUGGCCACUGCAUCAACCUACCCGGGGGAAUUAAGUGUGUGUGUGAGCCGGGGUACAGCGGCAAACAGUGUGAGGUGGAAGCUGAUAUGUGUGAAAACAGCAAUUGCAGCAAAGGCGCCACGUGCCUCAAAGGUUUCAGGAUCUACGCGUGCCUCUGCCCUCAGAGCUUCACGGGCCAAUACUGCGAGGAGAAAAUUCCUGAAAUCCCAUGGUACAUUGAGACUAAUCCACUUCCCCAGUUGCCGGUAUCGACAUGCACGGGUACAAAGUGGGACUACAGCUGCUUUAAUGGAGGGAGCUGUUCUAAAGCAGACCACACCUGUUACUGCCUGCCAGGUUUCACAGGACAGUGGUGUGAGAAGGAUGUCGAUGAAUGUGCCUCCAGCCCGUGUUUGAACGGCGGCUUCUGUGUCAACUACGUGAACAGUUUAGAGUGUGUGUGUGACAUUAAUUACUCAGGGCUACACUGCCAAAUUGACGUCAGCGACUUCUACCUGUACCUUUUCCUGGGCCUGUGGCAGAACCUCUUCCAGCUGGUGUCCUACCUUGUGUUGCGCCUCGACGAUGAGCCAGAAAUCGAGUGGGGAUUCUACAUUAAUGAAUAGGCCUGAUUGUUAUGUUCAAACUUGACUAAACUUGGUAGAGGGGCACACUGCAGUACAUUUGAACAAAUUAUACACCACAAGCAGAGAGCAUCUAGUUCCAUUAUAUUAGAGAGAAGACAGACCUCUACAGCUGAUAUCUCCAACACUCUGCAACUCACAACAAACUAUCUACAUUGAUAAAUUGCAAUUUUUUCUGAUCUCAGCUUUAGGUUUGAGUUCACAAGAAGAGACGAAGAACAAAUGAUAAUAUUUAAUAAUAAAUAUACAUUGUGUGAAACUGUAUUUCAUCUGGUGUAACGACAAGGUCAGUGAUAAAUGACUGGUUCUCAUACUGAAAACCACACAGAGUUUGCAUUGUGCCUUAAAAUGUAACUUUCUUUCUGUAGAGCACUGCUUUCUAAUCAGUGUAUGUUUUAUAACUGUCACACACACUCACAUACAGGUCUGAUCUACUGGAUAUGAAUAAAUGACCUCUCUAUAGCUAGAAAUAUUAUAAAUAUGCA